AUGUUUGUAAGUAAUAAAAAUAUUUCUGAUCCUGGUUGUUUUAAAAGUUGUAAUGAUGAAUGGAUAAAAGAUUUUGAAAAAUCAUUUAGUAUGAAUCAUACAGAAUUUUAUGAUUUUCCGUUUCAUCCUGCUUUAUUAGAGUAUCCAAAUUUUUUAAAAUAUUGUGAAUUAGCCGAUAAACAAACAAAUUGUUUUAUAAAUAGAUGUGAUGAUCAAUCGGCUGAUAAAGUAUUCUCUCCAUCUAAUUAUAUAUGCCAAUUUAAAAGAACACAAUUUGUACAAGCGAGGCCUUGUCUAGAAGAGACUGAACCCUUAACAUUUUUAAAAUGUGAUCAAGAGUGUCAUAAAAAGGCAUUAAAUGGAUUACACUUGUCAAAUCGUGAUAAUAUAGGUACAAUAUAUUCUAAUAAUAAUUUAGAUAUGUAUGAGAAAGAACUAAAUUUUCUUUGUGGUUUUCAAGAAUGCUAUAAAAAUUGUCACAAGGACAUUGUAAAAGAAUUUUGUUCACCAUCACUAUCAAAUACUGUUUAUACACUUAUUGAUCAAUAUAUUAAAUGGCACGCGACUGAUAUAUAUGAUUGGCAUAUAUUAACAAAUAAUUUAGAAAAAUUACCAUAUACUUGUUUAAGGCUUACAGGAUAUACAUCAGAAAAUGAUCAAGUCGCCAAAUUAAUUGCCAUCUCUUAA